GCUGACACAUGAUCAUAUCUUCUUGACACCAUCUUCAACAAUGAGUGUGAGACUUGCAGCACAGGUGUUGAGCAACACUGUAUCCGCUGUUAUGGCUGCAUAUUAUGGCCCUGACUUGUCAGAGACUGCCAAAUUCUUCUCCGUGGUAAACCGGUUCUUUGACUGCCUCAAUGUUCGCUCUCUGCACGAGUCAGCAAGGCCAAGGAAGCCGGACCUUGCUCCCUACACUUCGCAAAAUGAUCCAAGAUUUGUGUUCCUUCAAAAAACAUUCUUGGGAUACCUUGACCAUUGGUUGGGGGCAGUGAGAGCUCGGGGAGGUUUCACGAGGACAGAACAAAACAAAAUGUUCCUCUCUCAUCAAACACAUGAGGGAAUCAUUAUGACAG